UUUUCGCAUAUUUAAUUUUGCUUCUAAUUAUAUUAGUGCACUUUAAAUUUAUACACCAUAUUCGAAUCUCUCUAGUUAGUAGAAAUAAUUUAAUAGGAUUAAAACUGAGAUUUUGUUUGAUCAUCUGCAUUAAAUACAGUUAUUUAAAAAAUAUAAUCAUACAUAUAUAUAUAUAUAUAUUGUCUCAUAUUUAAUAGGAUCAUUUUUGGUUUUAUAUAGUGAAUGCAAAUAUAUUUUAUAUUUUAUAAUUAGUAAUUUGUAUUGUAUUUUGGAUGAUUGAUGUGUAUAUAAUAUUGACUGAAAAUGUAACCAUGCAUGCAUGCACUUUGUUCCCUCUAUAUAAACACACCUUCACAAGUGAAUUCUCCUUCAAAGCAGUUCUCUUCUAUCCAAAGCGCUUUCUUCUAUAUCAGUCUAAAAUUACCAAAACCAAUAUUGCGUUUUAGCUUACUUCUUAAAAAGACAGAAACAGGUCUCAUAACCUACGAUAACUGUUCACCCAUUUUUAUAUCAAAUUGUGUCAGAUUACGGAAACAAAGAGGGUCAUGAUGAGCUCAGAGAGAUCAAAGGAGAAGAAGAGAUCAAUAUGUAGAAGAUUGGGGAAGUAUAUUAAAGAACAGAAGGGAAGGAUUUACAUCAUCAGAAGAUGUGUGGUCAUGCUCCUUUGCUGGCAUGAUUGAUCGGAAAUAAAAGUUUUCGAACCGUGCCAGGUUCAAAUGUAUGUAUGCACGUACCACGCGUUGAGUAUGUGUGCAUGUGGGUUACUAAAUGAGGGAAGAGUAGUGUUAGAGGUAGGGUGAAAACCGGUUUGCUUGGUUUAAUUUUGUGAGUUCUACCGAAUUGUAUAUAUAGUGACCUCAACCCUUUCGUUGGUUGUUUUUAAACUAAUAUUUACAUUAUGCAAUGGCUUAUAUAUUGAUUCAUCAAUAUUAAGGUACUAUAUAUCGUAUUCUAUAAUGUGAUAUCAGAUUGUCUAGAGAUGUAAAAUAUCAAUAUGAUAGAUUUGGAUUCGAGACCACUAGUACAACCAUCACUGUUGAUUAUAAAACUACUAGUUAUGAAAAUGAGAUCCAACCAUAGGUGUGUCAAGAAAAUAAAAGAGUAAUAUUUUCUUUUAAUGUCUAUAAUGAUUCUCGACCAUGUAUCUGUUACCUCGUCCAUGUCCCUCUUUCUUAUAAAUUUGUCAAAAACUUCAAAUUAUUUUGGAUGCAGUAAGCCAUUCGAAUGAGUGACUGGAAUCCAGUUUACGGCAAAUAAACUUUUCGUGUGCGACAAUCAAAAUAAUUGAACAACUUGGUACCAGCUAGCUCAGCUCCCAACUGAUACCACAUAGUCAUAACCAACAGUCUCCACGUUAGAUUCGACAUACCUCGUGAAUUUUCAACUCAACUUGUAGCUUCUCCCAAGGUCACCCAAGAAAACCUAAUUUUGUUGAAUGGUUGAUAUUUUCAAUCGAAAUAUUCAAUAUAUCUCACCGGUUUACAAUUCUAAACAAUGCCAUGUAGAGGCGGCUUAAAAAGAGACAAACGGUGCUACCGUCCGAGCCUAACCCAAUGUUUCUCCUAUAUAAUAAAAAUUAAAGGUUCUGAUUAUGUAUUUAUAUUCUUGUACAACUUUUAAACUAUG